AUGGAGGCCCCAUACCUUAUGGAAUGUUAUGAGGACUGCCGCUCCCUCAAGUUUCAGCAUGCCUUCAGACUUCCAAUAGACAGCAGCAGCGGAAGCAGCGGCAGCAGCAGCAGCAGCAGCAACAGCAACAGCAGCAACAUCCUGUGUGUGCUGCACUGCUGCAACCUGCUAGUUGUGGGGUGGGGGGAUCGUCUCCUCCCCUACUGUGCUGUUACUGCAGCAAGAGGAGAACUUUCUCUUCGUCAGCCUCCUAUAGAGCUUGGUGGUGUCGUCUCUUCUUUGCUGCUGAGCCGCUGCAGCAGCUUCCUCGCUGUUGCUGCUGGACGUAGGGCAGUUGUGCUGCCUGUAGGCAACUGUGCAGAAGCAGCAGCAACAGCAACAGCAGCAGCAGCAGAGACAGCAGCAGCAGCAGCAGCAGAAACUUGUCUCUCUGCGUCCUCCAAGAGAAUUGAAGUCGCGGAGCUUCCUGAGGAUAUCACGGCCAUUGCAUGGACAGCAAUUACGGGGUUUUUUGGGGGUGACGAAGAGGGACCAUUAAAGGGGACUGUUGCGCUGCUCUCCUCUCGCUCUCCCCUUGCUCUUUGGGCAUUGACAACGCAUGCAAACAGCAGCAGCAGCAGCAGCAGCAGCAGCAAGGAGUUGAGUCUGAUUCCUAUUAGCCUUGCUGGCUUAGACGGAGAACUAAACCCUGAGGGAGCAGCACUUGCCAAGGGCAAGGGGCGGUGUUUGGGCCUGUCUUGGAUAUCUCCUGGCUUUACAGUAGAUCAAGGAAUUGCUGCUGCUGCAGCUGCUGCUGCUGAGGGUCCUUUUCUUGCUGCUCUUUUUGCUGUUGAGGAUGAUCAAGGCGACGACGACGAGCAGCAGCAGCAGCAGCAGUUUGCUUCUGCUGCUGAGGAGGAUGCCUUCCUUGAGGCAGAAAAUCCUCCAUUCUCUUCUUUGCUGCUCUUCGCCAAACUCGAGGCUGCGCAGCAGCAGCAGCAGCAGGAGCUGCAGCUGGUACCCAUUGCUGGUGCCUUAAAUGAGAUAUACUUGGCUCGUGUCCGAGCAGCAACAAGCAGCAGCUUUUAUCCUCUUAUUGAUUGGGGGGCGAUUUACGUGAGGUGUACAGACACCACACAACUGUCUCUCUUUGCAUGCAAUGCAUUUGUUAAACAAAUAGACAGCAGCAGCAGCAGCAGCAGCAACAGCAGCAACAAUAACAAAAGACUUGGAUGGGGAGACGCAAGCGGCCAAGAAGAAUUAGAAGCGUUAUGUGCUGCAGGGGAGGUGACGGUACACCUGGCAGAUCGCUGCUCUACCCUUGUAAGGCAGACAGAGGCCUUUGAGAUUCCGCUGCUGCCUCCGCUGCAGCUGCAGCAGCAACAGGAGCAGGACAGUUGCCUGCAGCAGCAGAUGGCCCCUUGGUUCCAACGGCUUGCUCCGAAGCAGCAGCAGAAGAAAGCAGAGACAGUUGCUGCUACACAAGAUGCACCAAUCAGCAGCAGCAGCAAAGGGAAGGCAGAAGCCACGCGGAGCCGCGAUAAGAAGCUUGGCAGCAGCAGCAGCAGCAGCAGCAGCAAAGAAAAAGACCAACGGAAGCACAGCAGCAGCAAGCAUGGUGGGAGCAGCAGCAGUAAACAUGAUGGGAGCAGCAGCAGUAAACAUGAUGGGAGCAGCAGCAGCAAGCAUGGUGGGAGCAGCAGCAGCAAGCAUGGUGAGAGCGGCACCAGCAAGAGCAAAAGCAGCAAGGAUAAGCAUAGCAGCUGCCGCAACAAGCUGGCUAAUUUAGUAGGUCGUCUAUGGAAGCGCAACAGCAAAGCAGCAAAGGAGGCAACGCUGGCAGCAGCAGCAAAGGAGCUGCAUGCAGCACCCCCUAGGCGCAGCAGCAGCAGCAGCAGCACACUAAGCAAAUGGAGGCAGCAGGUGCAGUCUUCUCCUGAACACCAAGAGGCAGUCGCGCUGCUUAAGAGAGUUGCUGCAGGGGAAGAGCUUUUGGGGUCUGACGCAGCACUUGCUGCUGCUGUUGCUGCUCCUCUUGCUGCUGCACUGCGUGCAUUUGAGUGGCGAUUGGCAGCAUCGGAGGUCUGCUGUGCUGCAGCACGAAAGACGCUGAAGGAGCAGCUGCAGCAGCAGCAACAGCAAAUUGAAGAGCAGCAGCACAACCAACAGAAGCAGCAGCAAGAGCAGCGGCCCGCCACUCUAGCGUCGCAGGUAUCGGGGCUGCAGCAGUCUGUACAAGCACUGCAGCAGCAGCAGCAGGUGCUGCUGCAGCGUCUGUCUCAACUUCGUGGCGUAGAAGAGACACAAGCACAGAGCAGCAGCAGAGUGCGGCGUCUUCUAAGCCGGCUGUUGCUACAGCAGCAGUUGCUGCAGCAGCAGCAGCAGGGGAACGAUAACCUUAUGCUACUAACCACGCAGGAGCAGCAGCACCUAGAGGACUUAGCGCUGCUGCCCCCGUUUGCUGCUGGUGCUGCUGCUGCUGCUACCCAACAGGAAGAACUGCAUCAGCAGCGAGCUGCAGCACGGGAGCGGACCCGACAGUUGCAGCAGCUGUUACUGCGCCUGCAGCAGCAGCAGCUGCUGCAGCAGCAGCUGUAUGAAGAACAGUUGGCUCUUGCAGAAGACGUGCAGGAUCAGCAAGCCUCGCAGACACUGCAACGCCUUGGUGCUGCACUGACGCAGCAGCAACGGCGCGUGCUGCUGCUACUGCGGAGGGCUGAGGCAUUGGCACUUGGGUUGAUUGGCAGGACAAUCCCCACAGCAACAGCGCAUGCGCAGCAGCAGGAGCAGCCGGUGCUGCAGCAGCAGCAGGAACAGCCAGCACACAAGCCGCCUGAAGCUACUGCAAAUAGCUGCAGCAGCAACAACAACAACAACAGCAGCAGCAGCCGGAGGCAUUGGAGGCCAGGGGCUCGCUUUAUGUUACCUGCCAGCUUCUUAGAUAGCACGGAAGAAGACGUGGAGCAACAGCAGCAGCAGCAGCAGCAAGCAUCUCAUAUACAGGCAGCAGCACCAGCGGCAGGAGCAGCAACGGCAGCAGAUGCAACAGCAACAAAAGAAACAGCAAUAAAAGCUGUAGAUACAGUGGGAAGCCGCAUGCGGCAGUCUCUCUUCUUCGCCGCCGACGCAGGCGCAGCAACACCAGCAACCGCCCCAUCUGCCUCAGAAGCUGCUGAGUCCGCAUGCAAGCGGGAGGCUGCUGCUGAGAACUGUGAGGUGGAGCGAGAAGAGCAGCAGAGACAGCAGCAGCUUCAGCAGCAACAGCAACAGCAACAGCAGCAACGGCAGCUUGAGCAGCAACAACAACAGCAACAGCAGCAGAGAGCAAUCAUGGAGUUGCUGCAGAAGACAAAGGAUCUGCAGCAGAAAGCAGUUGAACUAGAGGAAUAUGUUGCUGCAGUCGAACAGCAGGCAGCUAAUUGUCUCCCCCUUGAACCAUUUGCUGCUGCACAGGCAGCUGAUAAGGAGGGGCAGUCGCAUUUGCUGCAGCAGCUGCAGCAGGAGUUGCUGAUGCCGCUGCAGUUUGGGCUUCCCACUGCUGCAUCAGCAGCACCGAGUCCUCAAGGAGAUGGAGAUGCUUCAACGCUGCUUCUGCUGCAGCAGUUGCUGCACGAGGAAACAGCCACCCGCGCACGAGAGGCCGCAGGUCGCCGCGCGCUGCUGCAGUUGCUGCUGCAGAAGCAGCAGCCCCAGCAGCAGCAACAACAGCAACAGCAACAGCAACAGGAGGCGGCAGUAGAUGGCAGCCUCGAUAUUGCUGAUAAAGGAGACAGUUGGCUUGCUGCUAAAGGGGGAAAAGACGAUCUGGGGAUCGAUUGGGAGACACUGGAUAGCAGCAUUGGGGGGUUCAGCAGCAGCGGCAGCAGCAGAAGCAGCAGCAGGAGCAGCAGCAGAAGCAGUGGAAGCAUCAGCAGCAGUUACAGCGAGUUUGAUGUUAGUGAAGCGAGCAGCAGCCACAGGGGAUCCCGAAGGUACCGUCGCGGUGGCAGCAGCAGCAUCAGCAGCAAGGCAAGCAGGAGACGCAGCAGCAGCAGCAGCAACAGCAGCAGUAGUAGAACGGGUGCAGUUUUAGACGGCGAUAGCGAUGCGUUAACGGGCGGACUAUCGGAGGAAGAGAAAUGGGAGGCUAAACAGCAAAUAAGCAGCAAACAGCAGCAGCAACUGCAGCAGCAACAGCAGCAGCAACAGCGGCAGCACGUGGACCCCACAGCUGCGGAUCCAAGAAAGGCAGUUCUACCCCCGGAUCCCACCAAAAAAACCGAUCCCAACAAAGCUGUUCUACCCCCAGACCCCACAAAAGUUGUGUUGCCUCCAGACCCGAUCAAGGCAGUACUCCCCCCCGGUCCCACCAAGGCAGUACUACCCCCCGAUCCCACCAAAAAAACCGAUCCCACCAAGGCAGUACUACCCCCAGACCCCACAAAAGCUGUGUUGCCUCCAGACCCAACAAAGGCAAUUCUCCCCCCCGAUCCCACCAAGGCAGUACUACCCCCCGGUCCCACCAAGGCAGUACUACCCCCCGGUCCCACCAAUGCAGUACUACCCCCCGGUCCCACCAAGGCAGUACUACCCCCCGAUCCCACCAAAAAAACCGAUCCCACCAAGGCAGUACUACCCCCAGACCCCACAAAAGCUGUGUUGCCUCCAGACCCCACAAAGGCAAUUCUUCCCCCCGAUCCCACGAAGAAAACCGAUCCCACCAAGGCAGUGCUGCCCCCAGACCCAACAAAAGCUGUUCUUCCCCCCGAUCCCACCAAGGCAAUACUACCCCCUGAUCCCACCAAAAAAACCGAUCCCACCAAGGCAGUACUACCCCCAGACCCCACAAAAGCUGUUCUUCCCCCAGAUCCAACCAAGGCAGUUCUACCCCCGGACCCCACCAAGGCAGUACUUCCGCCCGAUCCUACCAAGGCCGUUCUACCACCGGACCCCACCAAGGCAGUACUACCCCCCGAUCCCACCAAAAAAACCGAUCCCAACAAAGCUGUUCUACCCCCAGAUCCAACAAAGGCUGUUUUUCCCCCCGAUCCCACCAAGGCAUCGGAUGCUGCUGGUGCUGCUGCGUCUCCUGUUGCUGAAGCAGGAGAGGGGGCACCACAGAAGACUGCAGCAGAUGCCCAGGACAAAACAAAAGACUCACAGGAGGCACCACAGGGAGACAACAGCCCCUUUAAAGGUUCCCUCCUUGGUGGUGCUGAUAAACCGAGCAGCAGCAGCCCAGGCGGAUUAUUUGGUAGCAGCACAAACAGCACCGGCGGUGGUUUCUUCGGCAGCAGCAGCAGCCCAGCAACCGGUGCUCUGUUUGGCAGCACCAGCAGCAGCGGUGGCGGUAUCUUCGGUAGCACCACCAGCAGCAACCAAGGAGGUGAUCUGUUUGGCAGCAGCAGCAGCAGCAGCACCGCCGGCGGGGGUAGCCUCUUCGGUAGUAGUAGCAGCAGCAGUGGUGGUGGUCUCUUUGGCAGCACCACCACCACCAGUGGUGGUGGCCUCUUUGGCAACACCGGCGACAGCAGCAGCACCAGUGGCGGUGGCCUCUUCAGCAGCAGCAGUGGUAGUAGCAGCAGCAGCAGUGGUAGCCUCUUUGGCAACACUAGCGACAGCAGCAGCAGCAAGCCUGCCUCAUCUGCUCCUUCGACGAGUAUUUUUACUGGGACAUUCGGAAGCAGCAGCAACAGCAGCACCGGGCCAAUAGAUAUAAAAGGGAUUGGCAACAGUCUUGCUUCCUCCCCCCCUAAACAAACAUCAGGGUUUGCAGGGGCUGCUCUUCCUGCUGGUCCCUUUGGUGCCGGGGGUACCUUUGGUGCGGAGGCCCCACAGGGGGCCCCUGGCGGGGGAUUGGUAGGCAUUAUUGGGGGGGGUAUCUUCGGCAGCAGCAGCAACAGCAGCAGCAGCAGCGGGGGCACGACAGCUACUUCGGGCUUUGGCAGUCAGACGUCUCCAUUUGGCGGCAUCUCGUUCUUCCCUCAGCAGCAACAGCAGCAACCGCAGCAGCAACCGCAGCAACAACAGCAGCAGCCGCAACUUUCCUUCGGCAAUGUUAGCGUCAGUGACCUGUCCAUAGGGCAGCGGCAAACAUACAACUUUGGACUGGCUAACAACAGCAGCGGCCUAGGCGACCUCCAGCUAGAAGGCCAUGUUGCACCUAAUACGGGGAUAGCCUCGGGGGGGCAGGUCCAAGGUGGAUUUUCUGCAUUUGCAACACAAGGGACAGGUUUUGCCUCUCUUGCUGAGCAGCCAGCAUCAGGAGGCUUCUUCGGUGCAGCAGCAGCGCAGGAGCCGCAGCAGCAGCAGCAGGGCUUUGGUGCGUGGGGACAGUUAGGCUCAACGUCUCCUUUUGGCGCUGCAGCGGCUGCUCCAGCAUCUGGUGCUCCUGCAUCAGGAACAGCAGCACCUGCAGCAGGCAGCGGCAGCAUAUGGACGAGGGCAAGGACCUCCGACCCCCUCGGCUAA